UCCGGUUCUAGAAGCUCAAAAGUUCAACAAGGGAAUCCAAUCCUCAAUGCCGCCAAGAAAGAAACCCAAGCUUACUGCGCAGGCGGAGAAUGCGCAGUCUCCCGUGCACACUCCGAUGGGUGACAAUGCCCCCCAGCGCACCCCGAGCUAUGACCCAGUAGCGGACCCUUGGACAGACGAGCAGGAGACGGCCUUGCUGAAAGGAAUCAUUAAAUGGAAGCCUGUGGGUAUGCAUAAACACUUUCGAAUGGUCGCAAUCUCCGAGUUCAUGAAGAGCCAAGGCUAUGCGCCUUCCCACGCAGAGCAUACGCGGAUACCUGGGAUCUGGAAAAAGCUAGGGACCUUGUACAAUUUACCAGCGCUGGACGAAAGGGAAGACUCGCUCAUCACAGACGCCUCCGAUGACGUCGAAGCCCCGAAAGACAUCUACUGUCCCUUCGAACUUCCCGAAGAUGAGUACGGUGAGAUGAUGUUUGAAAGGAGACUAGCAAUGGAGGGAUCGCCGUCUCCCUCACCAAGUGGACUAGCAGAGUCAAGGAGGGGGAGCACAGUGGCCGACACAGAUGAACCCCGCUCCUCACCGGCGCCAUCACGAGGAAGAAAACCGGGUCGUGGCGGUCGUGCAGCUACUCGGGGCACGCGGUCUUCACGCCUUCAGCUCGAGGUUGAGCCUCGUCGCAAAGGUUCGGCAACGGGCGAUGAGGAUGGCGAGUCAGAAGAGGAAGAUGGCGAUGAAGAGGGCAGUGACGGUGCGAAAGAAGAGAGCGAAGAAGAAGAAGAAGAAGAAGAAGACGACGACGACGACGACGACGACGACGAAGAAGAGACUGGUGGCUCCCCAACAGGCCGCAGUACACGGGCUAAGACAUCCCGAUCAAAACGAGGGGAUAGGAGGGGAGCCGGGGCCAUAAGGAGGACUGGUCGACGACGUCAAAACUGACCUACUCACCGCGACCUUGUACUAGUAUGUUUUGAAUGCGGGUUUACAACUUUGAUACCUUGGAAUAUAAGGCGCAGGCGUUUUCGCGGGGAUUAUCUUGUGCAAUACCUCGAAGUACAAAUUUUAUGACCUCGUCUCUAACAUAGAGAUAUGACUUUAAUUUAUUU